AUGACAGACGAGAAAGAGUACGAGGCGCUUCAGAGGUUGUCUCAACUGAGCGAUCAGUUUGCGACCUAUGCGACGGAAUUGCGCAAAACGGCUAGGGCAGCGAAAAGGUUAAUUGACAAGAAGAAGGAAGCAGAUCUACCAUCCGGCGAUCGAUCGGGAAUGAAUAAUAUGGUAAAAGUCGAGUACCAUGCGCUAAUCGACCAGCUUCGCGUUUUGCCAUUCAGAGAAGAAGCAGAAGCUGCCAUCAAGGCGAUGGCCGCGUUCAACGACGAGUUGGAAGUGCUCAAAAGGCGGCUGUCGAAACAGCCAAUGGAGGUUUUGGAAGAAACCCAAACGUCGAUAACCAAAUUUAAUCGAAGCCGAGUGACGAUCCAAAAUAUUCCGGCUCACUACACGCAAGCUGAGGCCAUUCACCGAUUUCUUGAUGAUGGUCGCGAUUUGAUUCAUUGGGAUGACUGCCCAGACUGCCUGCUGCGCAUCAACGAUGAUGGCAGCCAAAAGAUGAUCGCCUAUAUGCAGUCGGCUGAAGCGGCGGAAGAGGUUGCAGCACGACAUCAUGGCCGCAUCGAGAACAAUCGCGAAUUAUUCGUCUCCGUGGAUAUCCUGAAGCAGACCCGUUUAAAGGAAACCGCUACGGAGCAAGCAAGGAGCCGUCCCUGGUUUGGCGGAAAGGUGAUCCCACCCUUGAUGGCAACACUUUUAACGGAGCCGGAUUUCAAGCCAUCUGCGGUCUCAGCUCCACCCGACCCAUGGUCAAACCGAGUUCACCGCCAGGAUGUGUUCCCGAAAGUUGCCGAAAAUUCGGUUAAAACUAGCUCCGGUGCCGAAUCAAACGCGGUCCAGAAAAAUGCCCGGACCCUCAGCAACGCAUGCAAAAAGGGCAAGGUCAAGCUCCACGACACUGUGGUCUGCAUUCGUGGCAUGCCGCCUGGUUCCUCAGCGCAGCUCCUUCCUUUCAUCGACCCGAAUGGCGGUGACCUUAUUUAUAAAAAUGGAAAGCCGAAGCUCGUCUGCUUCACGCGUGAAUGGAAUGGAAAACAUCAUUAUCUCAUCUUUGCGCAUAUGACUUCGAAGGCGGCCGCCUCAAAUCUCGUCCACAAAUAUCAGAAGAACCCACCGCUGCUCACCGAUCAUAAGCUCGUCUGGGAAAUCGCCGGCACGAACCUUUGGUCGCGGCUC